AUAUGAAUUUGCCAUGCCUAUAUUAACAACACUUGGACCAGCAUAAAUAUCAAAUAAAAAUGACCAUCUUUCACUAGCUUUUCACUCGCUCUAUUUUCUUAAGUUUAUGAUCUUCAUUUGGAACCGUGAAGUCCACGAUACACUUCGCUCUAUGUUAUCUUUAAUUUAAUAUAGGCUAGGAAUUUGUCUCGAAAAUAAAUAGUAUGUUAUCCAGAAUUUUUAAGCCAAUGGAUGUGUAAUAUAUUUGUACAUAUAACAAUGGUUCGUAUAGACUUAAUUAUAUAGUAUUAUGUAGAGACUGCCGACAAUGUAGAUGUCCACUGGUAACUUUAAUUUGUUAAACAUUUUAAAGGUUCUCCUAUUUUCUUUCAUGUCAACCUGUUUUCUAUGGUAACUCAACUUUCCUCCCUCCCUCAAUUACUUGUUCAUUUUGUUCCUUUCUAUUCAUUCCUCCCUUCACCAUUUGGUCAAUUAAUUAAAAAUUUCAAAUAAAACAUGGAAUCUCUGUUCCUUUUUUUCCUCUUUCUCUUCACUCUCACUUCAGCUCAAUCCGUAGAUAACGAUAAUCUCAAUAACUCAUCCCCAAUUGUUGCACCAAGCAUGCAACCCACAGCUUCUUCUUCUUCUUCAAAACAAAAUGCAAAUUCACCAACCAGUUAUUUUCCAUACCCUCCUGGAUAUGAAAAUGAAAAUUCAUGGUCACAAUCAGAAUUUUCUUCCAUCUCCAUCGAUUCAAUUUCUUCUAGUGAUCAAUUAGGCGCCUCUGGCCUCGCUUCUUCUCUUACGUCCACUGAUAAGCGGAAAGAUGAGGGUGCAAUUAGUGAUCAUGAUAAGAUAAAGGAGAUAUGCGACAAUACUGACUAUCCUGAUCUUUGCACCGAAACCAUCUUUCCACUUAUGCGUGGAAAUGCCAUCAACGUACAAAAUGUUCUUCAAGUGGCAAUGAAGGCGAGCGAUCAGUUCGCCAAAUUGGCAUUUGCAACUUUUAAAAGAGCUUCAGAAUCCCCUGCUACUCCUCCCAAAACUAAGACAAUGCUUAAAACUUGCCUCGACAGUUGGGAUACUGUGGCCUACAAUUAUAAGCAAGCUAUUCAGGCUCUGCAUAUUCAUGACAGUGGACGUAUGAGCACUAUGCUCAGUGCUGCAAUUACUGACAUUUCUGAUUGUGAAGAUGCCUUUGAAGAUGUCGUUUCUCCCAUGAAUGCGUAUGGUGAAAGAAUGACUAAAAUGACUAGCAAUUGCCUGGCCAUUGUUUCACAACUCGAUAAUUAGAUUACAGAAUUUCUUAUUGAGUUGAUGCUCCAAAGCACACCUAAACCAAUCACACCUUUUUGCGGGUUUCAUAUCUCAAAUUUCUAUUAAUAUUUUUACCUUACCUAAUCUCUCACCCCCUUUGUAUUAUUCUUUGUAUUAAAGCACGCUCGAUGAUGAGUUGACCUAAUAUUUGUUCUCAAGUGACAACACACACGUGUAGGCCAACUUAGCAUCAAGCGAGGUGUGUAAUAAUACAAAGAAAGUGAUAAGUUAGAUAGGCAAUUAAUGAAACAAUGAAUAUAGUUGAGACAUAAAACUCGUGAAAAAAUGAUAGUUUGAGUAUAUUGUUUAUCAUUAAUUUUUUCUUUAUUUACUGAUACUAAUUAGAUAUUAGUCUACAUGGAUGAGUAGGAUUACUACACGAGUGGUCCUUAAUCACCUCUCCCAAGUUUUCUUUUAACUUUUAUUAUCAUUCUGUCCUCUUUUGAUA